CCAGACUACCUACCAUGUGGGGCGUGUGACGUGCGGCCGGCGCCUCUCCCGGUCUUCCCCACGGCCAUGUCCGGCUCCAGCUGUGUUGUAGCGCCUUGGGCCGAACCACAACACCUUUCUGCAUCUCAAAACAGCUCCAGGAACAACACCAAAAAAUGGGCUCCGUGGCAAAACACCACUUCUACAUCGAGGAUGCGCUGCUGCGGCCGGCGGUCCACCACCAGUCCUUUGAGAAGCUAUGGGAGACCAAGUGGAAGACGCCCUGCCAGAUGGGUAUCUACCCGUUCAUGUUUGGCAGCAUCGUCGACUUUGAGCCGGUGGCACGAGCCAUCAUCGAUAAAGGACUCAAGGAGCCGUACGACUGGGACGAAUACGCACAAAUGUUUUCCCCCAAGGCCCAGGAGCUAGCCCGCAUCGCCGAGGAGGCUGAGCGGUUGGGCCAGAAGGACAAGGCGUGCGAGUACUACCUACGAAGCUCGGCUGUCUACCGCAUCGCUCGGUUCCCGGCUCCACGCUCCCAGCAGCAGCGAUUGGCGUGGAAGGCGGGCAAGGAGGUCUUUUACAAGGGCGCCGCGCUCAUGGAGCAUCCCAUCAAGGAGGUGCUCAUCCCGCACGCACACCGAGUCGACGGAGAAGGCGACGUCAUCCCCGUCAACUUUCUCGUGCCGCCCAGCGCAUCCGCCGCGUCCCCUUGCCCACUGCUGAUCAUCUUCACGGGCCUAGACGGCUACCGCACCGAGCUGGCCGUGUGGCAGCGCGGGUGGCUGGACAAGGGCGUGGCGACGGUCGUGGUCGAGAUCCCCGGGACGGGCGACUCGCCGGCGCUGGCGUCGGACCCGAAGAGCCCGGACCGACAGUGGUCGUCGGUGCUGGACUGGGUGGCGACGCAGCACGAGGUAGACGUCCAGAAGGUCGUCGUGUGGGGGUUCUCGACGGGCGGGUACUACUCGCUGCGGGUCGCGCACACACACGCCAGCCGGCUGCUGGCCAGCGUCAGCCUCGGCGGCGGCGCGCACCACAUGUUCGACGCCGCGUGGCUGCGGCGCGUCAACGCGCUAGAGUACCCGUUCGAUCUGGCGGACACGCUGGCGCACAAGUUCGGGUACGCGGACCUCGACACGUUCGUCGGCGAGGCCGGCAAGUUCUCGCUGCUCGACGACGGCACGCUCGACGGGCGCGCCGGCUGCUGCCGCGUGCUGCUCGUCAACGGCAACGACGACGAGAUCUUCCCCAUCGACGACCUGUUCGUGGCCCUUGAGCACGGCGCCCCCAAGGAGGCCCGCAUGGUCCGGGGCAAGAAGCACAUGGGCGAGCCCGACAGCUUCGUUGUCAUCCUGCAGUGGAUCCACGCCCUGCUGGGCCUCGACGCCGACAUCAUGCACCAGCUGCGGCUGCUGCCGAGCAAGACAAGGUUCUGAUUAGCGUCAGGUCCCGCUGGC